ACUAUUUUCUAUCUAACAUCCCUUAAAAUUAUUACGCAUUGAAUAUCUACUUAUGAACAUGUACCUAUAUACGCGAUGAUUUUCGUAGUAUAUUCAAUGAAUAACAUCUUGGAGACUACCUACUACAAAUACUAACCACCCGCGGAUGCCAGGUGUUGUCAUCCAUUACCUAAGCUGCUAUUAUCCGAGUCACUUCGCGAUGUUAGUCAUCUUAAUUCGCUUAUUAAGUUCUGACAUAAGCCAUGCCUGUCGACCUACCGCUCCUCACCUUUGUCGACGCAACUGCGUGGUCUAAUUGGUUAUUCUGUAGUGGUACCACCUCCAAAGGUAUCUGGCUAACACUGUCGAAGAAAGGCGCAACACUACCGACAUCACUCACUUAUGCACAGGCUCUCGAUGAAGCACUAUGCCAUGGAUGGAUUGACGGGCAAGCUCGCAAGAGCGAGGGCAGCAACGCCGAUUCGUCCUACUUACAACGAUUCACACCACGAGCAGCGCGUAGUUCCUGGUCUAAGCGUAACGUGGAGCACAUAGCUAGGCUAGAGCGAGAGGGCCGUGUCACGGAGGCUGGGCGUCGCGCUAUCGAGAUCGCAAAAGCAGAUGGUCGCUGGGAAGCUGCCUAUGCAGGACAAGCGACAGCAGAACCACCCCCAGAAUUCCUCGCUGCUGUUGCAGCUGUACCUGCAGCUCAGGCGAAAUACGACACCCUAUCGCGACAAAACCGUUUCCUUAUUUAUUAUCGCCUCAACGCUAUGAAGACCCAAGCCGGACGUGAAAAAAGGAUUGCUGCCUUUGUCGAUAUACUGGCGCGUGGGGAGACCCCCUAUCCACAGAAACGACGCGCAGGAUCCCCAAGUUCAACUUCUGUUUCAAGCAAACCGAAAGAACCAAUUUCAAGGCCACGCCGGGUUGACGGGACGCGGAGAUCUGCCCGUAUAGCCCGGCGCAUAGAACAAUAUUCGUGAGUCGGCUGUUGGAGAUAUCUUCUCAAUUAAUACGA